GCGCUAAGCAGAGAUAAUUAUCAAAUGUUGGCUAUUAACAGUCUUCAUGAACAGAUUAAAAGAGCUCAAGUAAAGGAUGAUGGAAUUCAAGCUAUACGAGAGUUGUUACAAAAAGGAAUUUGUUUUAAGUUGUAUACCUUGUUUACUAGCCACUAGAAAGUCAGGAAAACAAGAAGGAUAUUUAAAUCCUAUAGAGAAAGAAAGUAUACCACUACAUACUUUACAUGUAGAUCACAUUGGACCACUUACCGAGACUAAAAAACUUUAUAAUUACAUACUUACAAUAAUUGAUGCUUUUACUAAAUUUACAUGGAUAUUUCCUACCAAGAGUACUACAAGCAAAGAAACAUUAGAUAAAUUAAGAAUACUUCAACAGUGUUUUGGUAACCCAAACCGUAUAAUUACUGAUAAAGGAUCUGCUUUCACGAGCAAAGACUUUAAGGAUUAUUGUGAGGAGGAGGAAAUCCAGCAUAUUACUAUAACCACUGGAGUACCAAGAGGGAAUGGACAAGUUGAGCGGGUACACCGUACUAUCAUUUCAGUUCUUACAAAACUUUGUAUAGAAGAACCUAGUUCGUGGUAUAGGCAUGUAAGUCGCCUGCAAAGAGUAUUGAAUAGUACUUACCAGCGAAGUAUAAACACUACUCCCUGUGAAUUGUUGAUUGGUACAAAAUUAAAGCUGAAAGAAGAUUUGAAUAUUUUGGAACUUUUACAGGAGGAAAAUAUAGAACAAUUUAAUGAAAGUAGGGAAGAGCUAAGACGAAAUGCUAAAGAACAAAUCCUAAAGAUUCAAGAGGAAAAUAAAAAAUCAUUUAAUAAAAAUAGAAAACCGAGUAAAAGGUAUGUUUUAGGGGAUAUAGUUGCUAUAAAGAGAACCCAAUACGGAUCUGGACUGAAAUUAAAACCAAAAUAUCUUGGACCUUAUAAAAUAAUCAAAAUUAAGAGGAAUGACCGUUAUGAUGUGGAGAAAAUUUAUAAAAAUCAGGAGGGUCCUAUCGUUACAUCUAGUUCGUCAGAUCAAAUGAAAAGUUGGCCUGAUUUUCAUGAUGAUGAUUUUGAAAAUGAGGAUGAAUGAAAGGUAAAUUUUAAAAGUAUUAGGUUCUUACUGUUUUUUUUUGUAUUCAUUUAAGUAAGUUUUUACUUUUGUUAUGUACUAUAUAAUGUUAUGAAGGCUUGUAAAAAAAAGUUUGUUAUUUAAGAAUAAGACUUACUAUUUAAGACUGUUCAAGAAUGUUUGUUUUUUUUUUUUUAUUUAAAAGCUGAUUAAGCUGUUUGUAUUUGUUGAAUACAAAGUUAAGAUUAUGUAAGAUUUGUUUGUUUACUUAAGACUACUCUUUGUAAGAUUACUAAGAUUACGAUUUGUAAGAUUAUACUUUUGUAAAUUUAAAUAUGUAAAAGAUGUACUGUAGUUAUUGGUGUGAAUGAUGCAUGACUGGGGACAGUCAUGAGUGUAGGAUGGCCGAAUGUAGGAUGGUGAUAGUGAUGAUACUUGUACGUGUGAAAAGCAUGAAAGAGAAAGUAAGCAUGUGUGUUGUAUGUGUGUGAAAGAGAGGAUAGAUAAAUUAGGAAGAUGGCGAAGAGUAAUGUAAGACGAGUAAGACGUGUUUAUUUUGAGGAAGUAAAAUAAAAGUGAAAUCUAAGUAAA